GUGCAAAUAGACUCUGCACCGCCUCGACAAUACUUUGUACUGACAGAUGCUGGCAAGCCUGUAUUUGUCUCAGAAGGCUCACCUCUGGCUGCUGAUCAGGAUGCUCUUGCAUCGACUAUUGGCCUCAUGCAAGCACUCAUAUCAGUAUUCCUCGACGACGGUGACAAACUUCGGUGUAUCAAUGCAGGUCGUAUGCGCAUCAGUUUCCUCCUUAGAAGUCCUCUCUAUUAUUGCUGCGUGUCAAGCUGGGGCGAACCUGAAAGUGUGACACGUUCGCAUCUGGAAUAUCUCCAUUUGCAAAUUCUUAGUGUUGUUUCUGGCGCACAGCUUAAAAAGAUAUUUGAGCGACGAAUGAACUUUGAUUUACGUAGACUUCUGAGCGGAGCGGAAACAUUUUUGCAUUCGCUACUCGCGCGGAUGCAGUCGGAUCUUGCAAUGAGCACUUCGUCAUUGCUUUGCCUUGCAAUGGAUCAGAACUUGCGUCGAAAAAUUGGUGAGGCACUUGUUCCAUCCAAAAUGAAGGAGGUCUUGUAUGUUAUGCUUAUUGCCCGCGGCCGCGUCGUUACCCUUGUCCGACCGAAGAAACAUUCCGUACACCCCGCUGAUCUCCAUAUACUACUAAAUACUAUCCAUGCACCUGCCAUUGCUGGAUCACCUGCAUCAUGGCUUCCUGUCUGCCUUCCGAAGUACAAUUCGUCAGGUUUUCUCCACGCAUACGUCUCCUUCCCGCAACUGGGCGAAUCCACUACCCCAGUGGAUUCUCAAGCUAGACCUGUGGCAAGUGGUGGUGGGGAAUUCGAGACAAUACGGACGUGGUGCGAAAGUGUGACGAAGAAUCUUGAAACGGCUGGCACACUUAGCACAUUGGAACGGUCGAUUCAGCGUGGUCACUCAGAAUAUGAAGCUGCCGCGAUUGGUGUUCCAGGGUUACGGCAUUUUGUGUAUAAAAGUCGUGCACAUGUCCAAGUCACUCAUCCAGAGUGGAGUGAUGAAUAUUCAGAUCCCGAAGCUCGACGACGACUGAUCACAUUGUACCAAAUACUUCAUGACAAUAUCCAUGGUAAAUCUGGCCAGAAAGAAACGUUAAAGUUGCAGUAUGUCAAGACGGCACGGGAGAGCGUUAUGGGUUGGAUCACGCAGCCAUUCGAGCUGUACAUCGCUGUGGCGCCGGAUCUUUCAAAGACGGCGAUUGUGGGUGCUGCGAACGCAGUCGUGCGGUGGGUAAAGCGAGAAGAAGCUCGGCUGUUCCUACGCGAUGCACCUGUCUUCUGA